AUGGACUCGGCAAAAGGCCAGAACAACGAGACUUCAGAGACAGAUUUUCCCCAGCCACAUCCUACGGCAUCGAUCAAUGACAAGACCGCACUCGCCGUCAAAUAUCUCCAGGACCGUUCUGUACCGUUCAUCUCUGCUCAGUCUUCUACCUGGUCUACUGACGCCACUGCCUUUAACCUUCGUGUUCCAGUGAAACCGGCUCUCCUCAUCUAUGCAAGAACAGCCAAGCAUGUGCAGGAUGUGGUCGAUUGUGGUGUGGCGGUUGGGCUGAAGGUCAGUGCCCGUGGUGGUGGUCACUCGUACACCUCAUUGGGACUUGGUGGAGAAAACGACCAUCUGGUCGUGGAUCUGACUCACAUGAGCAGCAUUUCUGUCGACCCCGACACCUACAUCGCCACCGUUGAAGCCGGAGCACGCCUUGGAGAUGUAGCACGCGAGCUCUUUGACAAAGGCGGACGAGCCAUCAGCCACGGCAGCUGUCCAGCCGUCGGCAUUUCAGGCCAUAUCCUGCACGGAGGAUAUGGUUGGGCAUCUCACAACUACGGCUUGGCCCUUGACUGGAUGGUCGGUGCCAGCGUCGUCCUCGCGAAUGGGAUGCAUGUGCACUGCUCCAAAACCGAAAACUGUGACUUGUUCUGGGCCCUCCGGGGUGCCGGCUCCAGCUUCGGCAUCGUCACUUCCUACGAACUUGCGACCUUUGCGGCCCCGACUUCCUCAAUACCAUUCAAAGUCGCGCUGGACUGGCAGACUGAGCAACAGAAGAUUGAUGGAGUCACGGCGUUGGUCGCGUUUGUUCAGAACGUGCCUGCUGACCUCAAUAUGCGGUUGAGCAUGCACAGUUCAGGUGGCCACAACUUAGAAGGAGUCUACUACGGAAACGAAACUGGACUAUCAAUGAUCCUUGACCCCUUGCUCAAGGGAAGUGGAGGGAAUUUGAGCAUGCAGCCCGGCACGUGGAUUCAAGGUCUUGAAUACUACGCCGAACGAAAUUCUUUAACCCCCAGCACCAAUGAGCACGGCAACUUCUUUGCUACGAGUCUCACCCUGAAGGAUCUCCGCGGCGAGGCCUUGACAGACUUCGUCCGGUAUUGGCACAACCAUGCACUGGCGUUUACUCGAGGCGGCUGGUUCGUCCAGUUGGAUGUCCACGGAGGCGCCAAUUCUGCCAUAUCAGCUGUCUCAAACACGGCCACGGCUUAUGCACACCGCGACAAAACCUUUCUCAUCCAGUUCUAUCACUUCAGUGGGAAUGAUGAACCUUAUCCAUCGGAUGGAAUUGAUAUUCUCAGAAAUUGGGUCGAUGUCACCAUUACAACAAUGAAUGACGGCGACUAUGGAAUGUACAUCAACUACAGUGAUUCGCAGUUGGACCGUGGAACAGCAGAGAAGUUGUACUGGGCCGGUAAUUUGGAUCGGCUGAAGCUGAUUAAGAAGGCUUUUGACCCAUUUGAGCUGUUCUAUUAUCCUCAGUCGAUCGAGCCCGCAAAGUAA